GCGUUCAAUUUAUCGCUAAACGAUUUAUUCAGAAGUUUCUUAAUAAAUCGAAGCGAGGAUUGAAUCAAAUUUACUGGACCUAGCAUCGAUUUGCCCGUACGGUUCAUUUGGGAAUGGCACACGAUGGCUACCAUUCCAUUUCCGGUCGCAGUAAUUGCUGACCGAAAUAUCGCGGCCUCUGUACACGUGCGCAGCUCGACACUUCCGAUUGCACUUCCAUUUGCACGGAAGGUUUCUUAGACACCCACACGAUCUUCAUCCAAUAUUCAUGCAUUUCCACCUAAGCUCUAUUUCACGCAAGAAAAAGAGAGAAAAUAGUAUUGCAAGCAAAUAGAAUAAUCGAUUCUUUUCUCGCAACUAUGAAUAGAGCUCUCAUUGAUGUUCACCGCAUAGCUCCGUGCGAAAAAAAGAAAGUCGAGAGCUCUUAUUUCGCAGACUUCUGCUAGCUGUGAAGCUCCUUUGUGCAUCCUUCUUUUCAUCGCGAGACACGGACCAAGAAACGUCCACGAUGUCGCAUUAAAAUGUAAUACGACGCGCCGCGUGUUAAGGUUCGUUCACAAUUAGCUCGUCUGAACGAACCGCUGAUCUUAGACUUCGUACGUGACGAUCCGUAAAGAAGCGAAACCGAAACCCGAAUUUUCCUCGGUUUUGAGAAAGAACGCCAGCCGUAUAAGGAAACGCUGAUUGAAAGGGGAAUAUAUUUUUCCCCUUUGUUCCGAAGCAACUGUUCUCGGAAGCUUUAAUAUCGUUCGAAAUCACCGCUUUCAGUGAUCGUUUCAGUUCAUUUGGAGGAAGGCAGACACGCCGCGUUAUGAUCACGGAACGAUAAAGUUUUCGUGAAAAUGUUACGAAUGCUGGAGUGCUCGCGUAAGGGGGAGCGGAAAAGUUGCAUGAAAAACGACGAUAGUUCGACAAAGUUUCGACCUCCCUUUUGCCAAAGUUAUAUCCUUCUGGUCGAUACGCGCGCGUGCCUCGGCCAACUAGUAAAACUGACGCCCGAUUUUCCGGUAAAUCUGCUGUCUUUUAAAGAAAAUACUGUCAAGAUUCGUUUCAAAAAUAUUUUCAAAGCGAUUUUAUACAUUUUUUCUUUUUUUUUUUUUUGUAUAGCUAUCGAUCAUCGACCUGGAAUUUAUUCCCUUUUGAACAAACGUCCUCGAGAUGUCUAUCAAUUUGCCAGACAAGUCGAUCUAUGUUUAACUUGAUCCAAAAUUCCAGCUAUUCGUCAACAUCUUUCUUUAUUGGAUUUUAUAUUCUUUCGUCAUAGUCUUCGAUAAUAAAAAUGACAGACUGUGUAAACGGUAAUUAGGCGGUGUUCGUUCAGUUGCAAUAAUCUCGAAAAACGCCUUAUGGUUUACGCAAUAAGUCUCUCAAACACCUGUCAAAUACUCUUAUAAAGCAAGCCUCUCGACUAAAAACCGAUUAAACAGCCAGUGAAAACAGUCGAAAUUAACGCUUCUCUUACGAUGAGGAUACCUUCAAUAUUUUUCUUCCUCUUCGCGCUUCAUUGCAUUUGUCUGUUCUCGAGUGCCAACUGCAAGGAACAAUUGAUUCGAGAUGAAAAUUCCGGGCAUCUGAAUCCAAACCCGCAGAACUCGCUAGUCCACGGCCGAGUAAUUACCUCGAGAAAGGAACCUGUGGCGAACAACGGAGCGUUUGACAAACUUCCGACAUCUCGUUGGAAAAACUUUGGUCAGAAGUCCAGCGAUGAAAUCACGUGGAAAAAUCAGCGAGUUCGCAGUUGCCUGAAGAAUAAAAACGCGACAUCUAGUGACAAACUUCGCUUGACCAUCUUUCCACAAGCAGAUAUCGGUCGUCUCGAAGAAAACGGGCAACUUUUCCCUCGAAAAUUGAAUCGGAGAUCGGCGCAAUCGGCACAGACGAAAAAAGAAAAACGAGACACUCGCGAAUCCGGAUUUCCCAGGCAAGCUUUCGAUCUGAACGGCAAACUUAACCCCGAUCCGCCUGCCUUUAGUUUCUUUGUUUUGUUUUCCAGUUGGGAUGGCGGCAAGGAUCAACACUCCGGUAAGCGACAAGCGGAUGCUGAAACUUUCCAAGAGAAAGAAGAGAGGCGAGCGAAAAAUCAUGAAGCUCGUGUUGGCAGUCAACGUGCGUUUAAUCUAUCGGAUUUAUUGCCAUUCAAAAAUGGAUACUUGGAGAUGGUUGGUCUGCCGGGUCAACCUAUUAGGAAGAUUUUUGACUUUUUCUUUAACGCGAUUAAGCAGAAACCAAAGGACGGUGGUGAGAAUGAGAAUCAACAGUUGCAUAUCAUAGGUUGAUAUGGAAAUUGUUCGAAUACGGAAGAGACACGUUGAAGAAUACAAUGGAAAACGCAGAAACUGCGAAGGUUGGUAUUCACAAAGCGGUGAGAGUCGGAUCAUCGUCUAUAAACUUUGACGCAGGGAAACCAUAAACUGUUAUUCGUUGCAUAUAUACGUAUUGUUAGCUUAAGCAGUGGCCCGUUUGAUUAAAGAAUAAAUAGAUCGAUGAUUAUAAUUCUGCUUGGUUCCUUUUAUACGCGUAAACUAUGGAAGUGUAACGUCAAUUCACAUCAGCUACUUAUAAAUUAUACUUAUCUAUAAUAAGUAUUAACUUAUUAUAAAUAAUCAGCCAUGUCACUGCGCCACGCCAGAAAAAUUACUGAAAAUUCUCAACGCGAGAACUGAUUGUAAUUUUAAUAAAUAAAAAAAAAAAAAAGAAAAUCAGAGACCAGGCCACACACCGCGGGCAGGAUGGCGCCCAGAUGUCUGCACAUCCUUGGCGCGUACCCUCAAUAGUCCUAAGUACCCACCGGGGGUCUUGGAAUUUUCUUAGUUAAAGUCCUUCAGACCAAGCGAGUAUCUCUUCUCUUAGGUUUCCUUUUACGUUUAUGGUUUACUACUGGUUAACACGGAAAGUUAGUUUUUCCUCACGUCUGGUAUGUUCCGUUAGCAACUUUCUCACGAGGGCGGCUAAAACCCUUCCUGGUUCACCAACCGUCUUGUCAUCCAAUCGGAGACGGCGUCUACUGCCCUCGUUUCCUUAACCAAAAUUAUCAUCAACAAAUCCGAUAGUCCUGUGUCCUUAGACACACCCACCCCUAGCUUUCCUCAGACACAGUAUCGUCAGUAAAAUUUCACUUAUUCCGUAUCCUUAGAAUAGUCAACAUAUCUUUACCGGUCUCUACUUUUAUAACAGUCGCGUACUUAACGUAUCAUUGUAACUAAGUUUUACAUAACGUGGUUCGAGUGAAUUGUGAUUUAUGUUAAUUCAGUGUGUGUUACAUUGCGAUUGCUGAAUUCAUAAUAAAGUUUAAUUAAAACAAAAUUAAUAGUUGUGUUACGACUCAGCUAUUUUAUUUCAUCAACCAACCCUUAAGUUUACGUGACGAUGGCUUCGGGGUUUUCAGUUAUAGGGUAACACUGCUAGUGCCACGUAAACUCGAGGGUUGGAUGAUAAAAUAAAAUAGCUGAGUCGUAACAGCGUGCGUUGCUAUUCGACCUCAACACGUGA